GAUUUUGUAGUAGGAGAUCGGCGGUUGCCAACACAGUUAAACGCCAGACUUCAAGCGCCGAAAAAUACCGAAGAACUGCUUGAUAUCAUCCACCAUCUUCCCGAUGGCACCACUGCAUCAGAAGGAGAUUUGUAUUCAUCAGCGAAGCGAAGAACACCACAUUUACUUAAUAAUCAUCAGCACCUUGAAAAUAUCAUCACUUUCAUGGAUGCGUUUGGAUACUUGAUGUGUCCCUCCCUGCAGUUGUAUGACAAGUUCAGUCUACGAUUUGCCUUCCGCACAACACAGCUCAACGGACUCCUACUUUUCAAUUCAGACGUGUCUAGUGGUGACUUUAUCCUGUUUGAACUACAUAAAGCUAGAUUAUUCCUCAGCUUUGAUAUGGGGAGUGGGCUGCAGAGAUAUCAAUUGUCGCCUAACAGAAUGAACGACAACAAGUGGCACAAAGUUGAGAUGAUAAGGUAUAACGUCGAGGACAACGUAAUUGCUACUACAAUUGAUAAAGGGGAAUUAACGGAGUCAGAAGUGCAGAUGCCUGUAACCCCCGGAAACUUUUCGAAAAAUUUCAACCUUGCUGAUUAUUUAUAUAUCGGAGGCGCGCACGAAACUGUAUUUUACCGCUGGAGAGAGCAAAUCACCAACCGUUUUGGAUUCCAGGACAUCCGCCUCCUCCUGACCAAGAGAAUAACCGGAGAAGAAAACGAAAAUGUUGAAUUAGAGAGCAGGAACAUCAACCAUAGAAGUGGGCCAAUAGCAUGUCUCGCG